AGUUUAGAAUUCAAAUCAGACUAGGACGGCUGAGCUUAACACUUGAAUAUGCCUGAAGACUCUGUCAAAGUAGCCGUCCGGGUGCGGCCGUUCAAUCAAAGGGAGAAGGAUAGAAAAGCUGUCUUAAUUAUUCAAAUGAACGGCCAACAGACAACGAUAAAAAAUCCUGAUACUCCUAAAGAUGAACCUAAGAAGUUUGCCUUCGACUAUUCUUAUUGGUCACAUGACGGUUUUUCAGAAGAUGCUAAUGGUAUUCUGCAAGAAACCAAUUCUAAAUACUCUAGCCAACGUAAAGUAUUUAACGAUCUUGGACAAGGUGUAUUAGAUAAUGCCUUUCAAGGUUACAAUUGUUCAUUGUUUGCCUAUGGACAAACAGGAUCUGGUAAAUCCUAUUCUAUGGUCGGUUAUGGUGCUAAUAAAGGAAUUGUUCCAAUGACAUGUGACGAACUAUUCAAAACUAUGACAAAGGGAGCGGAUUCAAAUAAGAGGUAUGAAGUUACAUUUUCAAUGCUGGAAAUUUAUAAUGAACAAGUCCGGGAUCUUUUAUCAAAGGAUAACCCUAAAGGAGGGUUACAAGUUAGACAAAAUCCCAAAUUAGGCUUAUUUUAUGUAGUCAAUUUAAAAAAAGUUCCGGUAGGAAGCUAUAAAGAAAUUGAACAGCGUAUGGAUCAAGGUACAGCCAAUAGGACAGUGGCAUCCACGAAUAUGAAUGCUACUUCGUCCAGAGCUCAUACGGUUGUCACAAUUACUUUUGAUCAAAUUAUUAAAAAGCCUGAUGGAGGUGAAACAAAGAAGAGUUCAGUAAUGAAUUUGGUGGAUUUAGCUGGCUCCGAAAGGGCGGAGAGUACAGGAGCUACAGGGGAUAGGUUAAAAGAAGGAGCAAAUAUUAAUAAAUCAUUAUCAGCUUUAGGAAAUGUAAUAUCGGCUCUCGCCGAAAAAUCAACUAGCAAGAAAAAAAUUCUCGUUCCUUAUAGAGACUCUAUUCUAACUAAGCUCCUUCAGAAUGCUCUUGGCGGGAAUUCAAAGACUGUAAUGAUAGCCGCCUUAUCUCCUGCGGAUAUUAACUAUGAUGAAACAUUAUCAACCCUCAGAUACGCUGAUCGAGCAAAGAAGAUUAAGAACGAAGCUGUUAUUAAUGAAAAUCCUAUAGACAAGCUAAUAAGAGAUCUAAAAGAAGAGAAUGAAAGACUAAAGAAAGCGUUGGAACAAGGAGGAACUAUAGAUACGGAUCGAAAGACAGGUAUGUCUGAUAAUGAGCUCAUAGAAAUGAGACGACAAAUGGAAGAAGAAAUUCGUCAAAAUUUAGCCCAAAUGGGAGAAGGCCAAACAUUUGAAGAAAGAUUAAAGGAGGCUCAGGCUGAGGUAACAAAUGAACCAGCCGAUCGUUCUGCUUCUGUACCACAUCUCUCAAACUUAAAUGAAGAUGCUAUGCUCAGCGGAAAGUUACUUUUCUAUCUGGAAAAGCCGUCAACUAAAUUUGGUAGAAAAGAUGCAUCGACUCCGUGCGAUGUUCAGUUAUCUGGUUUAGGAGUAUUAAAGGAACAUGCCUCUAUAGAAAAUAAUAAAGGAGAAUUCGAGAUAAAACAAUUAGAUCAAAAUGCCAAAAUUAAAGUCAAUGGAUCGCCUGUUAAAGGAACAAUGAAAUUAGAACACCGUGACAGAUUGCUCUUUGGGUCAACACAUUUGUACGUAUUCCAAGAUCCAUCUCAGCGAAAGAAAAAUGAACAACCAGUCACUUGGGAAGAAGCUCAAAAUGAAUUGGCCCAGGCUAAGGGCUUCUUUAUGAGCGAUAAUUUAUCCAGGGAUCAGCAAAUAGCUCAGGAACAAAUAAUAGAACUUUUACCCUGGGUGAGCGAAGCUAAUGCUAUUUCAGAGGAAUUAAACAAACGAAAAUCAUUUGAAGUUGUUCUUAUUGCUGCUGCUGCUCAAGAAUGGGAUGUAAAUAAGGAACGUACCACUAAGGUUACAGUAAAAAUGAAGGAUUUGAUAAAUAACAAUACGUGGCUUUGGGAUAGAGCCAAGUUCACGAACAGGCGUUUUCUGAUGGCAGAUAUGUAUAUGAAAUGGUUAGAAGGGGAUAUUGAUAUUUCAAAAAUACCAAAAGAAGAAGAUCCCUUCUGGGAACCAACCGAGGAUGUUUUAAUUGGAAUAGGUAAUUUCUUUCCUCAAGCUUUGGGAUACGCCUUAGAUUUUGAUGAUGUUAUUGAAAUCACUGAUUAUAAAGGUCAAUUUGAGGGGCAGCUCUCAAUGCAAAUAAUACCAUGCUCAAAGAAUGGUAAGCCAAAUUCAACAGAUGAAUAUUUGGACGAUCCUUCUGAACUAUUAGGAAAAGAGUUUACUUUUAAAGUUGUCACAAGAUCGUUACAAAUUCAAAAAGCAAGAUUCUCAAAAGGUCUUUUCGUAAAAUAUAAAGUUUUUAAAGACGAAGAAUAUGUUAAAACCGAUAUAAUAAAAGGAACAUUAGCACCGGAGUUUAAGCAUACGAAAAUUUAUCAUUUCCCAAAAAUUACACAAGAGCACUUAGAUUUUUUCGAAAAUGGAUGUGUCUCUUUUCUGGUCUACGGCAUUCAAGAAGACACAUCAGGAGAUAAGAAAUUGAGCAAAAUGACAACAAAAGAGUUAAGACAAAUUGACCACAUGAAACAACCUGUCGAGAAUAAUGAUCCUAAAGUUAGAAGCGCUAGUCUGCACGAUGUAGCACACUUAAAAUCAGAAUAUAUGCUUCUACAAAGAAAAUUCGAAAGAUUAGAGAUGAAAGAGAGGAGAAUCAAGAGAAUUGUAGAUGAAUGGGAAAAGAAGUCUGAAGAAGAAAAGGACUUUACAAAAUUUUUUAAUGUCGUUCAGGCAGCUGCACAUGCAACGGGAACAAAACUUAAAACAAGAGUACAAGCAGUGAAUAGGGCUUUACGAGGUUUAAAACUGGUCCAACAACGCCCAGAAUCUAACGAUGAUCGUGGCAGCGAGGCGAUCAGUUUGCAUUAUUUCGGUGAAGAUGAAGAAGAAAUGGCUCGGAUUGCACAGUCAAACAAUGGUUUUGUUGAUUACAAUAAAUUGAAGCAAAAACUGCCAGAAAUUGACGUACUAGCUGCUCAUCGACGAGCAAUUCAAUCACAAAUGGACGAGAGAAGAGAGAAAAAUAAUAACCAACAAAAUGGAGAUAAAACUGAAAGUAAGGCAUGUGCAAUUCAAUGA